AUGAAACUGCAAAGCACAGAUACUUUACAGCCACGAAUAUCGUCAGAUAGUCUAGUUUAUUCUUCUUCUUCUUCAUCAAACGUAUAUCUGCAGCCGAAAUUACCAUUUGCAAGAUCAUAUUCAAGUAUACCUGAACAAGUACAUGAUCCGGGUUCUAGACAAUCCCUGAAAAACAGCAAUACCAACUUUAGCUUUUCUGAACACGAUGACUCCAUCCAAGAAUUUCUAAUAUCGCCAAUCCAGUCUGACAUUUUCCCUUAUUCCAAAAAGCCGGUAAUAAGUCCAGUUUUGGAGUCACCUGAAGCUGGUGGAGAUUCUACAAUAGUGGAGACAUCUUCACCUUCACCCACCAAGUCUGGAACAGUUAGUUUAAAUUCAAAUGCCAUUGGGUCAAUUAUUGGAAGCUAUGACUAUAGCAAAAGCUCCUUGGAACUUGAAAAGCCAAAGCCUGUAGAGGAGCCUGUUUUCCAAAAAGAUCAUGCCCGAGAUCAUGCCCGACAAGGAUCAGAUGCAUCUACUAUAUCGAAUGGGUCAGAACAAGUAAGUAAGGACAAAAGAUUUGUGAGAUACGCAAUGAACACACAAUCUCCUUUGGUCAAUGCUUCUAAUAAAUGGCAAAUAUCUAAUGUGAUCAAGUGGUUGGAUAAGAAUCAAUUUAACAACUCUUGGAAAGAAACUUUUAGAAGAAAUGAGAUAUCUGGUAAUCGGUUUUUAGAAUUAGAGAAUUUUGAUAAAGAAUCAAUGAUUUGGAAACAGUUUUCAAAGUUUUUACAAUUAGAUGAUGAUUUGAAUUCGGUCGAUAGGUUUAUUGAGUUAUUACGGAAAGAGUCCUCACACGAAUUACAGACAAGGAAGUCGCUAGGUGGUGGCGAAAUAUCACCUAUCAAUGUGAAACACGAAAACAGAAAGUCUACUCCUAUAUACACCAAGCACAUGUCCACAUCUUCAGUCUCCUCAUCAAACUCAUCGUCGUCGAUCUCAAGACCUUUAUCGUAUGUCGAUUCCAAACCAAAAGAGCAGUUGUCAUCACCUUCACACCAUCUGUUUUUCCGUAAACAUAGUCGUAGCACAUCAAAUGAAAGCAAGGAUGCCAAAAAGAGAUACAGUUCUUUUGAUGAUAAUCGCGUUAAAAGUGUCCCUAAAAAUGAUAAGAAAAGCAACGGUAUUCUAAGCACGUUAAGGAAAUAUGGUGGUGAUAAAAUUACAAAAAAUACAAAGCAAAGGAGUUCAACGUAUUUCCCGUCUUUAGAUUUACCUCCACCUUUAGAAUCAGAUCCUCCCGCAUAUAAUGAAAGGAAAAUCUCUGUCGAUAGUGAGUUGUCACCAAAAUCUAUUAAAUCCUUUUCAGACGAUUUAAGUAUUGAUCCAAAAUAUCUCCCCACUCAACAUCAAGAAUUGGACUUGCGAAAAUUUCACGAUUGUGAACCAAUAACGAUUUUAGCCAGUAAGGAUAACAUCCUGUUUGUGCCGAUUGUUAUAACAGAACUUUCAAAUGCCAAGUCUCAUAUCAUUAAAGCUCUUGGAUUAAUUGAUAUAGGAUCAAUCACACUACAUUUAACCGACUUCUUCCACAAAGAAGGUGAAGCUAUUCCUGAUUUUUUAAUACCAAAAGUUUUGAAGCUUGAUGGCUUGCUCAAGUUUUACGUUCGACAAGAAUUAAAAUCUCCUGAGGGAACAACCACUACUUUUUCAACGACAUCAUCCGACUCAAAAUCAUAUAUUGCUGAUGGGAAUAAAACCUACCCUGAAACACCACAGUACUUGUUACAGGCACAACACGAUAGUCGAGUGGACUAUUGGAACUUUAAAGAUUUAACAAGUAUAUCAGAAGAUCCAUCAAAAUCUCUAGCUGGGGCUAAACAAAACAUUGAUUCAAAACGCAACGACACAAAGCAAAAACCAAAGGAAUUCCCAUUGAAGUUCCCAUUUGCUAACGCACCCAAAAAGGGAAAUACCGUUCCACAACUUCAGAUUGAUACGUCUGGUGUCAACAAUAUUUCAAAACCACCCACACUGACGGGUUCGACAUUCCAAGUUCUUCGUAAAAAAGGUCAUGAGAUUGAUUUUGAUAAAAGACGGAAAUCACCCUAUGAAAGCAAAACUCCAAAAAUUAUUGCUAAUAUUUAUUCUUCUUCAGUGGCAAAUACAAAGAAAUCACCAAUAUCUGCAUCAACGGUCAUGGCAUUAAAAGAUGAUGUAGUGGUUCAGAGGCCGGAGACAAUCAGUCGAAGCAAUUCAAUUAUAGCUAAAAGGGCUGCUCCGCCACCACCAGGUGAUCGGAGAGUACAAAUUCAAAGACAAAACUCGAUUCUUAGACGCAAACCUGGAUUGAAAUCGACCAAUAAUGUUACUUCCGGAAGUAGUGAAGGAAGUAAAAAGAAUAUUUCGGAUUCUACUGACGACAACGAUAGUGAGGAUGCAUUUUUUGUAAAGCCAUUAAAGAAAAAAGAGAACGAACUUGGUAAUAAUAGUGAUAAUAAUUCUGAAAAUGAUGAGGACAACGACUCUGAUGACGAUUUUUUUGUCAAGCCCAUCAAAAAAGAGGUUGCUGAUGUUUCUGCAGGAAAGGUAGAGUUGGAUGAUUCAGAAGAAGAUUUCUUUGUCAAACCAAUUCACAAAAAACCAUCUCACAUGAAUGUGAGACCACCUGUUGAGGAAGUUUAUAACAAUUUGGAAAAGUAUUUCCCAUACACAAAUUUAGACAAGCCUAUUAUUGAUGACUCGCCAGCAUCACCAUCGCCUCAACGAAGACCUACCAUCUCCAGAACUUUUUCAAGUGCCAAUAAAUCACCAGUAGCUCCCACAUCGGCAGAUUCCAAAAACACGAACGACGAGCAACCAUCCCUCAGAGUACGUCGUAUGAAAACCAUUAGAGGUGUUGCCAAUGAGGCUCGUCGCAAAGUUCUUCAAAUGAAACAAGCUUCACCUCCUAAUACUUUUGCUAAUAUUACCCGGGAAAAUAGUGCCAAAUUGACUAGAUCUAAUACCAAAAUGUGGGGUCAAAGAGUUGUUGAAGUGACAUCACAAGAGAUAGAAAAGGGAUUUGUCAGUAAACUUCGUAAUAAAAAUGGAUUAUACCAAGAAUAUGCAUGGAUUAAAGGUGAGUUGAUUGGAAGAGGCUCCUUUGGGGAUGUUUAUCUAGGAUUAAAUGUUACCACUGGUGAAAUGCUUGCUGUGAAACAAGUUGUAUGUGGACGCAACAACAAGGAAGGCAUUGAGGCCUUGCAUAAAGAAGUUGAAACCAUGAAAGAUUUGAAUCAUAUGAAUAUUGUUCAGUAUUUGGGCUAUGAUCAACAGAAAAACAUCUACAGUUUGUUUCUUGAGUAUGUGGCAGGUGGGUCCAUUGCUUUAUGUUUAAAGUCCUACGGGAAAUUUGACGAAACUUUAAUAAGGUUUAUCACAAAACAGAUUCUUCUAGGUCUAGAGUAUCUACACUCAAAUAACAUUAUUCAUCGAGACUUGAAAGCUGAUAAUCUUUUGUUAGAGGUUGAUGGGACUUGUAAAAUAUCUGAUUUUGGUAUAUCCAAGAGAUCAAACGAUAUCUAUGCUAAUAAUGCGAACAUGUCCAUGCAGGGUACAAUUUUCUGGAUGGCACCUGAAGUUAUUGAUAGUAUGGUUGAAGGAUACAGUGCUAAGAUUGAUAUUUGGUCCUUGGGUUGUGUCGUGCUCGAAAUGUUUGCCGGGAAACGACCUUGGUCAAAUGAGGCUGCCAUUAGUGUAAUUUAUAAGACUGGUAAGGAAAAACUUGCUCCACCAAUCCCUGACGAUAUUGCCCAUUUGGUAUCCCCAGUGGCAGAAUCUUUCAUUAAUCGAUGCUUCACUAUAGACCCAAAAGAUCGUCCCACUGCAGGAGAGUUGCUCAAUGACCCGUUUGUUAAUACAUUAGAUCAUGAUUUUAAUUUUGCAAACACUAAACUUGCUGAAAUGAUAAGAUAUAAUAGUAAAAGAUUAUUUACAUGA